AUGUGUUACAGUUUCAUCUUCUUCAGAUUCCAGGUGGACCUCCAGCACUGUUCUGAUAUCGUUCUGCAUGUUAACCCACGCUAUGAGAAAAGUCAUGAGUAUGUAGUGCACAACACCUUACAGAACGGUAGUUGGGGCUCAGAAGAACGCACAUACGAAUGUCCCUUCCCUAGAGGCCAACCAUUCGCUCUUCAGAUCUUUGUUACCCAUGAAUCAUACAAGAUAAGUGCCAAUGGGAAACCCUUCUCGGAGUACAAACAUCGCGUUUUGUUCUCUCGCGUGGACAGCAUCUGUGUGAGUGGAAUGGUGGAUGUAAAUUUAGUUCUCGUUCAGUAUCUUGAGCCUCUGCAUGCUCCAAUUCCAGGAACGUUCAGGGUCCCGUACAAAAGCAUCCUCUAUGGUGGACAGUAUGCUGGCAAAACCAUUCUCAUCCAAGGACAUAUCUUUCUGCAUGCAAAAAGUUUAGAAGUUAAUCUGCGGCACAAAACUGGAGUUGCGUUCAACUUCUGUUGUCAUUUAGACAAGAAUGUUGUUGUGCUAAACAACUAUGAGAAAGGAGAGUGGGGCAAACCAGAAAAAUACGAUGAUAUGCCAUUUACAAGAGGACAACCUUUUCAGAUGGCAAUUUGUUGUAAGGACAAUAAUUACAGCGUGUUUGUCAGUGGCAUACAAGUUCACACUUAUAUUCAUCGAUACAUUGAACUAAAAGACAUUGAUGUUUUGGAAAUAAGUGGUGAUGUCCAGUUGAUAUUUGUGCAGCCCUAG